ACGUACUGUGGGUAAAUUUUCAGAACGUUUGCCGCGUUUUUUUUCUAGCCUCCCUAUAUAUUUCUUCAGUUUCGUAUACAUUGUUUGCGAAUAUUGCGAUUUUCCGUAAUCCCGUAACAAAGCAGAUCAGACAGUACGAACAAACGAACUCAGCCAUUCUCCAUUGUGGGAAAGUCUCUCGUCUGCUCACUAGAACCUGAUCAGCAAGGCUGCAUCAUCCGCCACCAAGUGUACUAACUGCUGAAGCACGUUGCAACUGGAAAUAUAGAAAGAAACCAAAUCUGAAACACAAAAUAUAAUUGCCAAGUCAACAUUGAUUCACAGAUAAAAUGUUUUCGCCUAUCCGCAACCCUUAUAAUCCAAUGGGAUAUCCGACACAAUAUCCAAGCAUACAACGAGCAAACAAUGAACCAGGAAUGUAUAAUACUAUUUGUGCAAGCAAUCCGAGUAAUUGGGGCAACAAGAACCAAGACAUCGCAGUGAAUUCUUCUGUCUCCGAAAUUCCCAAAUCUCAAAGCUCUCCCCAUCAAAUAUCGACAAGCCAAGCUAUGAAAAGCAUGAAAGCUUUAUAUGAGAAGAAGACAUUUAGCGAUGUAACUUUUGUGUUUGAUGAUAAAAAAUUACUUGCUCAUAAAGCUGUCCUUGCGGUAAGGAGCGAAGUUUUUGAAGCAAUGUUUUCAAGCAAAAUGAAAGAAGAUACAAGCAGUGUUGAAAUUUUUGACACAAAAGCCGAGAUAUUUGAGGAAUUUCUUAAGUAUUUGUACAUCGGGGAAUUCAAUAAUUUGAAAAACAAGGAUGAAGAAAUGUUGUUCUUGGCAGACAAAUAUCAAAUUUGCGAGUUGAAAAAAUUGUGCGAAGAUUAUAUGUUGAUAAAUAUCUGUGAAAACAACGUUGUAAAGUACCUUCUCGUUGCGGAUAAGUAUUGUUGCGUCGCAUUGAAGAAAAAAGCUCUUGACACCCUUGAAAAGAGUGCCGGUGCACUGAAACGAGCAAUUAUGAGUGGAAACACCGCAACUUUGAUGAUUUUGAAAGAGGUUUUUGACAAGAAUUGUUCUCUCACAAAGGAGUAAAUUCUAAAUGGAAAUUACCGAAUUUUUUGUUUUCUUUAUUCUAUAAUUGAAAACAAAAAAUAUUUUUCACGUUGAGUUAGUGUGUAAUGCAUAAUUAAUUACAAAAAUAAUUAAAAGGGGGUUGGAUGUACUACAUUAUUUAAAAUCGCACGUAAGAUACAAGCAAGAAACCUAUUUUAAUAGAUCUAAAUUAAAAUGAGGAAUGCUUCUUACGAGAAAUACGUGCAUUUGUCUGAAAACGCAAAACUAUUGCCAAAAUUCAUUCGUUUCAGCAGUUCUGUUUUUUUUUUCUUUUUCCAUUUUUGUAAUCGUUUUUAUUUUCACGGAUUUACGAACCAUUGUUUAUCGGAGAAGUAUUUGGCUAAAACUUAAUUUCAACGAAGGCAUUCAGUUGAAUUUCACUAAAAAUUAAGUUAAAGCGUUCUUUAUUAGUAAUAUUAACACCAAAAUGUGUACUUCGAAAAAAUAUAUAAAACGAUAUAAUAUAAAAUCUAUGAUAAUA